AUGUUCCAAACCUUAGUCAGUCCUAAUAAAUAUGAAAUUGAUGAUAUUAAUUUAGUAACCACAAAUAAACCAUCACCAUUAAUUAAAAUUGGCAUUAUUUUUGCCUCGUUUGGUAUUGCCGUCACCACCAUAUUCCUUCAUCUUCAAUAUAAUGGAACUAUUAAUUUCCCAUGGUAUGCUGUAUGGUUACCAGUAAUGGCCGUUACAAUUCCUUGUUUUUUCCAUCCAAUCGGUAAGCAUUUUAUGAAGGAAAUUCGUAUCAUCCAUAGAUACCGUGAUACCACCAUUUCAAGAACAAAACGUUAUUUCUACCGUGGUCUUGUUAUUGCCCCUUUCCUUUGGUUCUCAAUUUUAAUUGCAGCAAUUGUCAUAAGACAUUACCUUGGUAAAAAAUUUUAUUUAUUCCAUGUUUUCAUUCCAGCUCAAUUAUUAUCUUUAGAAUUUUUAGUUUUGGCCCAUCUCGAUAGAAAAUUACCAAUGUCCACUAAACAUUGCUUUAAAACUUGUUCAUUUUUAUUAUUUAUUUUUUCAUCUUUAAUUUUCUUGAGAUUCCAACUUAAUGACCCAAAUAGAUUACCAUGGGUUUAUGUAUUCUGCCCAUUAUAUAUUGGUGAAUGCUCACUUAUUUUUGACGCAUUAUCAAGAUAUUAUUCAAGAACUGAGGACAAAGAGUGCGAUUCAGUAUGUUUUAAAUAUGCAUUCCUUCCUCUUCUUGCUAAGUUUAUUUUAAUUUCAUCAUCAUCUGUAUUUUUCGUUUUCUUAACCUUAUAUUUAGAAUAUGGUUAUAUCUCAAUUAAUGAUUUAUUUGUCCCAUUAUAUAUCUUUGAAUUUUUCAUUAUUCUUUUCUUGAUCAAGAUGUCUUUUUCAAAGAAAAGAGUAACACCAGAAUCAAUUAAUUAA